UAAUCUGAAGCAAAACCCGGGUUGCUCCAAUAUGAAGCAGUGCCAAUCAAUGGUAUUACAAAAUAAAUUUACAAAUACUAAACGUGCUUGUGCAAAACAUCUUUUAAACUGUGAAUAUUUUGCUAAAAGAUAUACUGAAGAUCAAAUUCAAGAAAUUGUUCAAAAAGCAAAAGAAAAUGGAUCUAAACAAUCUAAUAAAUGGCUUUGA